CGUGUGUGGGUGCGGAGAUCGCCGUUGCCCGGGCUCUUUGUUUGGAGCUGUCGCCCCGCGCUGUGUAUGAGAUUCAGCUUUUAACCGCAAGUCAAACAAAAACAGGGCCCGUAGGGAGAUGUAACUUGUAAAAUAGCGAAAGUAUCAGGAAUCUUGACUGUGACGCGGACAAGACUGCCAGGCUCUCUAGGGUGCAGGAGCAGCCCAGCCAUCUGGGGCUCCCCAGGCUUUCAGGAGACAAGGGGCGCACACCCCCACAGACGUACCCUUGCCGUGCUCCCCUCUGACACUGGUGUGUUGCCCUUGAGGGAAAAGAGCCUCUCUUUUUAUGAGGCAGGGUUUAAAGGCGGCGGGGCCAGGCGGCAACGUGGAGUUCGCCGCAGGGGCCGUGUUCUCCUGCCCUGCUCUGCCCUUUGCAGAUAAGGAUGGCGCCUGCUGAGGAGCCGGGUGCCUCCCUUGGAGCAGGCGGACUGUGAGCUUUGACCCGGCACUGGGCAGAGGCGCGUGCGGCGCCGGGGGGACAGCAGGACCCCUGUCAAACAGGCGGUGGUGUCUUACACGAGCACGGGCGUUUGACGCCGUCUUUUUCUCAUGCUGUUGCGGGACCUGCGUGUCCAUUGCAACCCUCCUUUCUCCAGAAAAAUGAUCCCGAACGUGUGCUACGCUGCGUGGAGGAUUUUUUUUUUUAAAAAAUCCGUCCAGGAACGACCGCUCUGGUGGGGCGUAGGGUCGCCUGUGUCCAGGAGCGUGAGGAGCAGUCUGCGUGUAGCGCACGUGUCGCACAACCGCUUGGUCUGACUUCUGUUCUGCGGCGACCCUGCUGGGGGCUCCUCGGCUGCACGCUCUUCAGGGUGUUGGCGGCGGUUUCCUUGGUAGAAAAAAUUAAAUGCUAAAGAGGAAAUGGGCCAGUAAAGCCGCUGCAGAAAUGCUAAGAGGACCGUUACAGCUGAUCAAAGUAAUGAAAACUUGUAAGUCAGAAUUUCUACCUGUGAGCAGUGAUAUUUCCAUGGUUGUAUAACACUGCUGCCUAAUAGGCGUAACAGCCUUUAUCUGUGAGGAGGUGAUGUCUGAUGUAAGGGGCUACAGCCCCGACCUGCCGUGCCAACUCAGUUGAUCAAGGACUCAACUGACACCAAUGCUUUUUUCCUCUAGAAGAAGCCAAUGCAUGGCUGUUUUAAAGUUUUUAAUUAUUACUGGUGUGUGGAGUUCCUUGCUGCAAUCUCCUGAGUCGUCUGUGAAGAGACUUUACAGAGCAAUACAGGCAUAAAACAGAGAAGAUGCUAAGUGGAGUUUAUUUAAACAGGGGUGUGAUAGCUUACAUCAGCUCUUCAAGCUCGGCAUCUAGCCCAGCCUCAUGUCACAGCGAGAGCUCAGACAGCGGUUUCCAGUCGUCCUCUUCGCCUGUACCAUCUUCUCCGAACAGCUCCUCCUCGGAAGGCGGCUGCAACAGUCGGAGCAGUGAGGGCUCUGACGGGGCACCGAAGAGCGAUCGGCUGGAGGAGACUAUUAAAACAAACCAGUCGAGUGUUGCUGGUUUGACAAAAGGCCAUAAUGGAGUCACAAAAUUUAAUGGCAUGGUUCUUCUUUGCAAAGUCUGUGGAGAUGUCGCUUCAGGAUUUCAUUAUGGUGUUCAUGCCUGUGAGGGCUGCAAGGGUUUUUUCAGAAGAAGCAUUCAGCAAAACAUCCAGUAUAAGAAGUGCUUGAAGAAUAACAACUGUUCUAUAAUGAGAAUGAAUAGGAACAGAUGCCAGCAGUGUCGUUUCAAAAAAUGCCUGUCUGUUGGGAUGUCAAGAGAUGCUGUUCGAUUUGGCCGUAUUCCCAAACGUGAAAAACAGAGGAUGCUGAUUGAAAUGCAGAGUGCCAUGAAAACCAUGAUGAACAGCCAGUUCAGCGGUCACUUACCCAAUGAAGCAUUAACAGAACAUCAAGAUCAAGCACCUCAAGAAGACCUUUCCUCCAAGCCCAAACAAGAGCGGGAAACCAUCAAAAGCCCUUCUCCCCCUCCUAGCACUGACAUGGCUAAGGAAGAAGUGAUCGGUAUGGUCACUAGGGCCCACAAAGACACUUUCAUGUACAACCAAGAACAGUCCCAAAACCCAGCGGAGAUGAUGCAGUCCCAGAGUGGGGAGAGAGUGUCAAAGAACACUGAGCAGUACAUCUUGAGCAGUGAGCACUGUGUUGGUGGGCUCGGUGGCCCUCAGUACCCUGAAAGUGAGCACCACCUUGGUGGACAGUACAAAGGGAGAAGCACAAUGCAUUAUCCAAGUGCGCACGCCAUGUGUUUCACAAAUGGCCACUGUAUGAACUUCACCAGUGGCUAUACUCAGCGACUUUGUGAUAGGAUCCCAGAAGACAGCUUUUCUCCAAACAAGAAUACCACUUAUUCUUGCAGCACUGGAGGAAGAAUGCAUCUGGUCUGCCCAAUGAGUAAGACUCCCCACGUGGACCCAAACAAGUCUGGCCAUGAAGUCUGGGAAGAGUUUUCCCUGAGUUUUACCCCUGCGGUGAAGGAAGUGGUGGAGUUUGCCAAGCGCAUCCCAGGUUUCCGGGAUCUCUCCCAGCAUGACCAGGUUAAUCUUCUGAAGGCUGGGACCUUUGAGGUUUUAAUGGUACGAUUUGCAUCUUUGUUUGAUGCAAAGGAACGUACAGUCACCUUCCUGAGUGGAAAGAAGUACAGUGUGGAUGACUUGCAUUCAAUGGGAGCUGGUGAUCUGCUCAACUCAAUGUUUGAGUUUAGUGAGAAACUAAAUGCCCUGCAACUUAGUGAUGAGGAAAUGAGUUUGUUUACAGCGGUUGUCCUGGUAUCUGCUGAUCGCUCCGGAAUAGAAAAUGUCAAUUCUGUGGAGGCACUUCAGGAAACACUAAUCCGUGCAUUAAGGACCUUAAUCAUGAAAAAUCACCCAAAUGAAGCCUCUAUUUUCACAAAACUUCUUUUGAAAUUACCUGACUUGCGUUCCUUAAACAACAUGCACUCUGAAGAACUCUUGGCCUUUAAAGUUCACCCGUAGGCCUUUAGGUCUCAUUUGUACUUGGACUUGCCUCGUGUUAAACUGUUUUGUGCUAAAAUAUGUAUUUAUACAGUUGUACCACUUGUUGGAGAGAGAGAGUUCACAGACUGUGAACAAUCGAUAGCUGUCCCAUAACCAUGCAAUAACGCUUCAGCAGGUGCUUUCAGCUAACAGUGGCACAGCAUUCAGAGUCCUCCAAGAUGUCCAGACCCAGCUGUGCCACACUUCUGCAGAAGAGGUUGCAAUGAGCCGGAGUAAAUAUGGACUGUUCUUUCAUUUAGAAAAAAUAACCACCACUGCCCUCUCAUGUAAACUGAACGCAAAAUAGCUGUGUAUGUGCAUACAGAGCAUGGAAUGGGGUGGGAACAAUCCUGCGCUAAUAGGAAAAUGGAAGAGCUGUUUUAAUUGGUCUUUCACUUAUCUAAUAGAUGUAUGUCAGUGUCUCUUGAUAACUCACUCAUGGAUUCACUGUUGUUAUUCCAUUAAACCCGAUGGAAUGAUUUCAGCCUGCACCAACUCUUCACUGAGCGUGUGUUCAUGCCAUGUGUAUAUAAUAUAAAUAGUUAAGUAAUGAGUGUUUAUGGCUAUAUAAAGUACAGAGUUGUGUGUAUAUAUGUGUAUGUAUAUAAAUAGUUCUAUACAUAAAGUAUACAUAUAAUUUCUUCACAAUAUUUUAAACUGUGAAGGAAUUUAAACUUACAACAGAAGGUGAUCUAUGGAAAGAACCAAAUAGAUGCACUUUGCAUAUUGCUGAACUAAUUAUCUGAGCAUUUCUAAUUUUUAGAAACAUCAAAUUUGCAUUACUAUGCUGUGUUUGUUAAUUUAAAAAAAAAAAAAAAAAAAAAAAAGGAAACAGAGUGGCACCAAAGGGGCAGAGUCAGAUUCAGCUUCCAGAAGGGGUUUGUAGAGAAUCUCAAGUGGAGAUGGUUGGUUGUGGCACUAAUGAGAUUGAUUGUCAAUUGCCACUGAGGUUCUUACAUUCUGAUAAAGGUUAAAGAAGCACUAGGUGCUCUUCAAAAACUUCAGCACAGCCAGAAAGAAACUAUCAGAUGAAUAACAGCAUCUAUCAGAAAAAAAAAAAGUGGGAAAAAUGUAUCCAUGGUUGCGUUUGGGUGUAUGUGUGUUCUGUGACCGUUUAUUUCUUGCAAUACAUCAUUUUGCUGCUUCAUUGCUAAACAAGAAUUGAACACAGAAAUGUGAGAUUCCCCAUGUCUUUUCACAAUUUGGGCUUUGUGGUUCCCAUGCCUGUUCUUCUGGAGCUCUCCAUUGGUGCGUGUGCAUGUGCGUGUGUGUGUAUGUGCAGAGAAGGUGCACUGGAUGGUCUGGAUUUUUUUCUUAAAAAAACACCACAAAAACCAAACAAACAAAUGGGACUUUUUUUGUUGUUUAUGCCAGUAGCAAAUUACAAAGCAGAUCCUUAAGGCUUAAGAUUCUGCUGUUUUUUCCAUGUAGGAAAGCGGCUCUCUAUGGGUUUUCUCCAUUUGUAGCAGAACCUGGCACCAGAAAAGAGAGAUUAAAAGAAGUCAAAGCAGUUGCAUUAAUUAGUUACGUUUAUGUUUUGCUAACGUGGGAAGAAGAUGCUCCAUUACCCUUAUGUUUAGUUAACUUACCUUGGAGGUAGCUCUCUGGGUCUCUAGCGUUUGGUAACACUACUCUGUGGAGGGAGAGACCUCUCGGUUUGUUACUGCGUUUAGAUGUAUGCAGUAGUUUGAGGCCAGGAGCCAGCAAGCCGCCAGACUGCAGAGCUGCUCCUCGCCGUGCCGAAGCAUCUCUUGCACAGCAGCGUGUCGAUGGGAGCCGGCGUGUGCCUGCCGCUGAGCUGGAGGAGAGGCGUUCUGCCUGCCCCUGAGCAUCAGGAGCCAAGCAGGGGAGGGGAGACUUGCACCCUGCCACGGCUCCAGUCACCUUUGGGCUGGGGAUUUCCCCUCGGAAAGUGGUAAGGAGCGUGGGCCAGGGGGCCGAGAGCAGGAGGGGGCAGGUGCUCGAGUAAGAGCUGGGGGAAAUCCAGCGUUAGCCUUGGCUAAGGAGCAGCAGAGCCCACCCUUCCCCUGCUCUGCAGCUGCUGCAGGGAAAGCCAUCCUCCUGCUUCAAGCUACUUUAACCGCUGGAUAAUGGCCCCUUGAUACACAGUUUUGCUAUCCAAAUGUGCUAUCGGGGCAUAGUGUCCUAAUUUCUGUUAACAGUCUGCAUCUUACCAGUAUUAUUUGUUUGAGAGCUUCACUGAAUUAUGCAUUGAACCAUUCAGACUUUAGAAAGGACAGUCACAUGUUUUGUAUUAUUUAGGAGCUGAAGUGACUUCUCUGUAGACCCCAUUUCAAAUGUGGAAAGUACGGUUAACCCUUGGUUGUUUUGGGAGGGAAGGAGGCUUCUUGCAGAGAUUGCCACCCUACAACUGUGUUUUGUUGUGUUUUGUUUUAUUUUGUUUUUCUUCUUAAAACUGUAUUAUUAAGCCUUUAGGAAUGUAUAACCAGGACUGAGUAAUUACUGCUUAUUAAAUUUUUAGUUAGAUUGACCAUGUAUGCCUAUAGAUAGCUAUUCUAAGUUGUGCAAUUUCAUUUGAAAUAAUCUUCCUGUACAUAAUGGAAAAACUCAUAUAACAGAAAAAAAAGCCCCAAACAGAUUGACUGAACAAAAAAGUUGAUUAAAGUACGGUUCAAAAGUGACCCACGUAUUAUAAACUCUAGCUGGACUCUUAGAAGAAAAUCUAAACUCUUCAUGUUAGCUGUGUAUUGUGAGCUCUUCUUUUACUGUGUCACUGGUUAUACACUUGUUAAACGCUGAGAUAAUAGACUUCAUGCCAGGCAUUUGAGUACUGUAGAUUGGGUCAUUGCUGAAAGAUUAAUGUACUGUAUGACUUACUUAAAUGAAAUUUUUAUUCUUGAUUUUAUUCUUGAUUUUGUUCUUGUUUUAAAAGAUUAAAUAUGGGCAUUAUGUCAGCAA